AUGCCAAUGAGGCUGCCGGCUCCGGAUUGGACUCUUGCAUUGCAAGGUCGAAAUGAGAACGGCUGGAAGGCGAGGAAUCAGCUGGAGGUGGAGAUUGAAGAGCUGAAGGCGCACCUGAGACAAGCAGAAGUGCAGUCAGCCAUGAAAGACCCCAUGCUGGAGGAAGUGAAUGCAACCAUGGUCUUGCAGAACAUCACAUUGAAGAAGACCAAUGAAGCUCUUCACCAGCGGGAGGAGCGGGCAACAAAUGAACGUGCUUGCAUGUUCAAGGGCCAAGCACAAUGCCUGUCAUCUGACGAGUUUUUCGAGGAAGUGCAGCGGAUGAAUAGAGAGAAACAGGAGAAAGAUGCCGAAAAGUCAAAAAGAAAGGCAGUGCAAAACAAUAGAAAGGCCGCAAAGGCCGCACUAGACAAAGAGUGGGCCCAGAUGAAAGCAGUGCAUGCUGCUGACGUGGAGGCUUGGGGUCAGGAAUGCAGGGAAUUGAUUAAAGGAGGUUCUUGGAAGAAAGACUUACCAGUAAAACCUAAACUUGGGAAGAAACCGCAGCUUCCGCAACUCGAGGACGACACUGACAACAACAACGACAACGACAACGAUGUGGAUCAAGAAGAAGGAGUGUGA